ACGCCCAUGAGUCCGAGGCCUUCUUCCUAAAGAAAUAUGGCUGACAACCAGUGGAAACUGACAUCCGGUUCCUUCUAGAGCAAGUAAAAGAUCAACAGUACUACAAAGUGGAAGACAGUCAAUACCCUAUGAAUCGCUAGUUGUUAUGACGUGAUUUAGCUAUCCAGCUUGGUUUUUAAAUUGCAGCACUUCUUAAGAGAGGGAGGCUGACAGACAAAUUGUUAACCGACUUGAUCAAGUGAUCGCCACUAAAAUAAUUUGUCUAUUUCUUUCUUUCAAAACCUGUUCGAUAAAUAUUGAAAGAUCAAAUUUUUUCAAGAAAGAUCACGAAAGAUGAAGAAUUCUGAUUCAGUGGCACCCCCAAGUGAGGAAGUGCCAUCAAAGGAUGCCAAGGAAGAAGAUAAGUCCGCAAAAAAAGACAAUAAACAAGUUUCCAAGCCAAAAAAGAAAUCAAAAGAUGACUUCAAAUUCAUAAAAAUCCUUGGCGAAGGCUCUUACUCAACUGUUUACUUGGUUGAAGAGAUUGCUUCAAGUAAACAAUUUGCAAUGAAAGUCUUAGAAAAGCGCCACAUUAUUAAAGAAAAGAAGGUUCCAUAUGUUUCAAGGGAGAAGGAGGCAUUAGCCAUGACAAAUCAUCCAUUCAUUGUCAAGCUAUACUUCACAUUUCAAGAUAUAGAAAAUCUCUAUUAUGGCUUGUCCUUUGCCAAGAAGGGUGAAAUGCUACCUUACAUCAACAAGCUUGGAUCUUUUAAUGAAGAAUGCACACAGUUUUACUCAGCAGAAAUUAUUGUUGCGUUAGAAUAUCUUCACAGUCUAGGUAUUAUUCACAGAGAUUUGAAACCGGAAAACGUACUUUUCGGUGAAAAUAUGCAUAUCCUAAUUACUGAUUUUGGAACAUCAAAGCUUCUUAAAAAAGAUAAAACAAAGGCAAGCUCGUUUGUUGGAACUGCAGAAUACGUUUCACCAGAGCUGCUAACUGAUAAGAUUGCAUAUAAAAGCUCUGACCUGUGGGCUUUGGGUUGCAUAAUAUACCAACUUAGAUCAGGACGUACCCCUUUCAGGGCAAGCAAUGAGUAUCAGACAUUCCAAAGAAUUAUCAAGUUAGAGUAUGAAUUUCCUGAAGGUUUCCCAGAGUGCCCUAAGGAACUUGUGCAAAAAUUACUUGUUUUAGACCCUGCAAAGCGCAUAGGAUGUGAAGAAUUAGGAGGUUUUCCCGAACUUAAAGCUCAUCCGUUCUUUAAAGGAAUAGAAUGGGACACUUUGCCUGAACAACAGCCGCCAAAACUGCUGCCCUACCUGCCGUCGAAGUCAGCUGACUGUGAGGACUUAGGAAGCAAUUAUGAUAUAUCUGUCUCAUCAGAUGAAGAUGAAGAGCUAAUGAACGACAUGUUCAAUGAUCUGUUAAUCAAAAAUAUCACAAAUGAUGUUCGAGAGAAGUCCAGCUCGGUAUCAAGUUCACAAGCAUCAUCAACCUCGUCUUCAUCCAAGGACUCGCCUUGGCAACAGUUUGUAGGCAAUCGACCCAUAUUGAAAGAGGGACUGGUCGAUAAGCGAAAGGGUCUAUUUGCAAAACGUAGGCAGCUUAUAUUGACAGAAGGACCUCAUCUCUUUUACGUCGAUCCCCAUGCAAUGGUUUUGAAGGGAGAGAUUCCGUGGACGAAAGAUUUACGGCCAGAGGCCAAGAGUUUCAAGAUUUUCUUUGUUCAUACGCCGUCAAGAACAUAUUAUUUGGAGGACCCUGAAGGAUAUGCCAUAGAAUGGGUGAAAAAGAUUAAUGAAGUUCAUGAACGAUAUUUUAAAUAAUGUAAUAAGACUGUUAACACUGUCGAGUUGUGUGUGCGGUGUUUGGUUAGUCAGUCUUUCGAAAUUGUUUAACGCCAUUCAUCGUUUGAUGUAUUUAUGGAAAUUCUCCAUUCUUAAUUUUCAUUUCUUUACUUAAAAUCUAGCAAUAAAGAAAUGGGAUGAGUUAUCAAAGGGAUCUGAGAAUUAGAUAGGAUUUUCAGGUAAUGGACAUAGCAAAUCCAUAUGCAUAUCUUUACUUAGAAUUGGCUAUAGAAUUCAAGAAUGGUUUGAUAUAAAGUACAAUCUCGAUAACCAAAACCCUCGAUAACUCGAACUCUCGAAAACCUGAAUCCUCGAUAAAGCGAACCCUCGUUAUAUCGGACCCUUGAUACAUUGAGCCCUUAAUAGAUCAAACCAUCGGCACUCAAACCCUUAAUAUCUCGUUCCCUUGAUAUCUCAUACCCUCAAUAGCUCGAAAUCUCAAUAAUUCGAGCUCUUAAUAUCUCGAACCCUCAACAAGUGGAACACUCGAGAACUCGAACCCUUAAUAGCUUGAAUUUUCAAUAACUCGAACCCGAUUAAUUCUCGAGCAGUCGCAUCGUUCCGAUUUGAUAGCCUGGAAAUUGGUGUAACGAUGUUGUAAGAAUAGCUUUCCAUAAGACCUGACAAUUUAUUGAUCCAUUGUAAAAUUGUUUGUUAAUAGAUAGCCUUGACGAGCAGACAUGCAGUCAGUCAAUAAAAAUCACUCGAAACUGACAGCACUUUAAAGUCAAGCGUCAGAUUUAGCAGAACAAUCUUUUCCGUUAGCAUGAUUUUAGCAAUAUUUUAAAUAGGUGAUUUUAGAUAAUUCUACUAUUAUUUAUGUCAUAAACGGACUAGUGAACUUAGCGGUUGCAAAAUGGAAAGCGGUCUGCCUCGCCAUUUGUUUUGCCCAGCUUUGUAACAAAAUGGUAACACUAAACUUUACCCUACUUAUUUAAUACAGAUCUUCAAUGACUCUUACAAGUCUUUAUCUUUCUUUCAAUUGUAAGUUUGAAGGUUUUGUUGAUUAAUGUGGUAAUGAUUAUCUACCGUAACCAAGAAACCUAGUGAAUAUGAAAAACUUUUAUUCUA